AUCAGCUUCCGUUAAAAAGUCAACAGAACAAUAUAUAAUUACAAGUGGAAAAAUGGCAGAAAAGAGAAGCAAAUUACUAUCGGAAAACAAUGGAGAAUAUGAGGAUGCCUUAGAGUUCGUAGUGAAUGACAUCAUAGAUGAUGUUACUCUUGGUCUAUGCUUCGAAGUACACAGGUCAAGUAAACUUGGGACAUUAUUCCUUGGGGACACAGACCCACAGUCUAAGCUUGAGCAUGCUAUGGUUGACCGUGCAGGAGUAGAUGUGUUUGGGAAUCCACCAGCUAAGAAGCAACUGGAAUGUAUAUGUCCAAACUGCCAUCGUAACUUGGCCGCCUCCAGGUUUGCCCCACACCUGGAGAAGUGUAUGGGUAUGGGGAGAAACAGCUCUCGUAUUGCAAGCAGACGUUCACAAAAGGUGCUCAAAGACAGGCUCACAGGAGAUGGUAUGAAACAUGACAGCGGUGAUAGCGAGGAUGAUUACAAUGAUGCAGACUGGUCGCUCUAUGCGGAUAAAAGAGUCAAGCGUUUGAAGAAAGAAAAGAGAAGCAAUUCCCCCAGAAGACACAAAAAUUCAAGACUCAAAAAUGGCUCUGGGUAUUCUACAGGUGAGAUGUAUGGAGAGGUUGGCGUGAAGCAGGAGAGAGCAGACACUCCAGACUCUAUCGGGGGAUACGAGUUCAUGACUCUGGAGGAGAAGAAAACACUCUUGAUGUCUACUUGUGGCGUUAUAUCGGGUCACACAAAAAAGAUGUGUACAAGGUCUCACAAGUGUCCACAACAUUCAGAUGACCAAAGAAGACAUGUAAGGCAGUUCUUACUGGGGACAGGUGUUGGUGGUGAAGAUGACGACCAUGUUGAUAUUGACACGUACGUGGACGGUGACAGUCAGUCACUGAGGGAAUCUUUACAAUGGGAGGCCGCGUCUAACGCUUCAUCUCCUACUGACUCCACUUCAACAAAUAAUAGCAACUCUGGUUCAAAAAGAAAACAUGGUAAAAAGUCGUCUAAGAAAAGAAAGAACCAGAAAGGUCAUUCCCAUCAUACCAGCAGCAUGGGGAGCCAGCCACUGGGGAUGUUUGAUUUGAUGGAUUAGUGGAAGAGAUCUGAUGAACAAAUGAGAUUAUCAGUUCAUCAACCCAUUGACAAUGAUUUAAGUGUUGAUGCCAUUUGACAGGGUAUUGCGAGCUGAUAACUGAUAUAUAAAAUGAAAUACCAAAAAUACAUCCAGCAUGGGUACUUUUUCAUGGCCUUUCAUUUUGAAAUUUUGUAAUUGUUCGCUUCAUUUCUUGCCUUCUAAGGACAUCUUGGAAUACCCUUUUGAAACUAUUUUCACAAACAAAUAGGGAUAGUAGAUUUUUCCAAGAAGGAAGUAGAGAGAAGUUUUACCUACUUGAGAGCCUGCUGUAUGCUGUCUGUGCAAAUGGUGUGUUUGUUAAAAAAACCUGCUGCAUUAUGCUGGUGAGAAAAAGAAAUAUUUUACUUGAAAAUUGAAAAGAGUAAUUGAUUAAUUUUGUACAUUCAUUUGUGUCAAGAUUAUUCAAACAAUACUGAGAAUGUUAAUUGAUUUAUUUUGUAAUGUCUUCCAUAUUGUUUGACACAUUUUAACAUGUACUGUAAAAAGUUUCUUAUCUUUUUGUGUAAAAACUACUGGAACUUAUCCAAAGUAUAUUUAAGAAUUCCUUAUUAAACUGUUCUAAAAUCUGAAGUUUUUAUCUUUAUAUUGGAAAGUAAUGCAUGCAAUUUUAACUGUUACAUUUGUACUUUUUUUUGUAAAUUUGUUUAUCAUUUAGACUUGUUAAUCUAUAUGUCCAGCACUUGGUUUCAUCAUAUCAGCCAAAUGUUUAGUUUGAUAAGCCGAGCUUAAACUUUUCUUGAGAAGUAAGUGCAGAUUUGUUAUAUUUGUCAUAUGUUGUGUUGCAUAAUAAAAUCUAAGUGAAAACUAGAGAAAAU